AUGCCCAGCUCCACUGUAAUGGCAAUUGGAGCUCUUUCCAGCUCUCUUCUCGUAACAUGUUGCCUGAUGGUUGCCCUUUGCAACCCUACUAUACGAGUCCAAAAUCUUACACAGGCACAAGGUCACGAACAACUAAAAAACAGCCAAGAAAAGAGAGAUCAUACAGCUCAUGAUAAUCAAAACCAAACAAAUUUGGCUUUACUAAAUGUGAAUAAAAUAGAAAAGGAUGAAUCUGUGAAAGACUGGAGAAACUCAGCUAACAACAUUAUUUUAAACAAAGAUUUUUUGACUAGACAAAAACAGACUUUGACUACUCAAACUUUGAGCAUUAAAUCAGGGACUGUUAAACAAAUGCAAUCAGAUGUGGUGCAAGACCAACCCCUAGAGGAAGCAUCACUUCUGGACAUGGUGACAACACAGGAGGCUCCAGAAGAAUAUGUCUACCCAGAUUAUCGAGGAAAAGGUUGCGUGGAUGAAAGUGGUUUUGUAUAUGCUAUUGGAGAAAAGUUUACUCCUGGCCCUUCAGCUUGUCCUUGUCGAUGCACAGAGGAGGGCCCCCUUUGCAUUCAACCAGAGUGCCCAAGGUUACAUCCACGUUGUAUUCAAGUUGACAACAGUCAGUGCUGCCCCCAGUGUAAAGAAAAGAAAAAUUACUGUGAAUUUCGAGGCAAAACCUAUCACUCCUUAGAAGAAUUUAUGGUUUCUCCUUGUGAGAAAUGUCGCUGUGACCCUAAUGGUGAAGUCAUGUGCACUGUGUCUGCAUGUCCUCAGACAGAAUGUGUAGACCCAGUCUAUGAGCCAGAUCAGUGUUGUCCCAUCUGCAAAAAUGGACCAAACUGUUUUGCAGAAACUGUUGUUAUCCCAGCUGGAAGAGAAAUAAAAACUGAUGAAUGCACUAUAUGCCACUGUACCUAUGAAGAAGGCACCUGGAGAAUUGAAAGACAAGCAUUAUGCACUAGACAUGAAUGCAAACAGAUAUAA